AUGUCUGGCGACCAACUCGCCCUGCACGAGAUCCGCCAGGGCUCAGACGACGAGACGGUCGGCGAGUUCCCGCCGUCGAGUUCCGCCUCCCAGUACGACACGCUCAAGUCGCGCGACCGGCCGUACGAUGGCUUGGACGACACGGCAUACGCGACCGCUGUCCACCUCGGCGGAGCGCACGUCGCCCGAGACGAGGGCGACAAGGUUGACUCGCCGCCGUCGCCGCCAGAUCCGCCAAAGGGCGUCCGGCUCGCCCUCCUCUUGCUUACUCUGCUUCUCGUCGAGGUCCUCGUCGGGCUCGACAACACGAUCGUCGCGACCUCGACGGCGACCAUCGCCAACGACUUUCAGCGCUUGACCGACGUCGGCUGGUACGGCAGCGCGUACCUCCUCACCUGCGUCGCCUUCCAGCCUCUCGCCGGCCGAGGGUUCGCCUACUUCUCGCAAAAGUGGAUGUUCCUCGUUUGCCUCGCCGUGUUCGACCUCGGCUGCCUCGUCGCGGCCGUCGCGCCGAGCAGCAGCGUCCUCAUCGUCGGUCGAGCUCUGCAGGGCCUUGGCUACGCAGGUCUCUUCAUCGGCAUCCUCGCCAUCGCGUCCAACACGCUCCCGAUCCGCAUGCAGGCCGUCGUCACGGCGCUCAUGAACGUCUCGUACGGCACGGGCACGGUCCUCGGCCCCCUCAUCGGCGGCGCGCUCACGUCCAACCUUACCUGGAGGUGGUGCUUCUACGUCCUGCUCAUCGGGGGCGGCUUCGCGCUCGCGCUCGGCAUCUGGCUCCUCAACCCGCCGCCGAUCCCGCAAGAGCUCACCGUCAAGCAGCGCCUCAAGCGCAUGGACUGGGGCGGCGCCUUUAUCCUCCUCGGCGCCAUGGUCUGCCUCCUCAUCGCGCUCCAGCAGGGCGGCAUCUCGAGGCCUUGGUCGUCGUCGACCGUCAUCGGCCUCCUCGUCGGCUUCGUCGGCCUCAUGUGCGCCUUCUUUGCGCUACAGACGUGGCUCGGCGAGAAGGCGUCGAUCAGCAUGCGCCUCCUCACGCGCGACCGCAGCCUCGCGUGCACGAGCUUCGUCAACUUGAUGUGCGGCGCGAGCUACUACGCCAUCUUGUACUACCUCCCGAUCUGGUUCCAGACGGUUCAAGGCGCCACCCCUGUCCAAGCCGGCAUCAACCUCUUGCCCCUGAUCGCGCUCAACAUGUUCUGCGGCAUCGUGGCCGGCUGGACCGUCUCGCGCUUUGGCGUCUUCCACCCGGCCAUGGCGUUCGGCCUCGCGUUCACGGCGAUCGGCGCCGGGCUCCUCGCCACGAUGGACGCGAGCACGCCGACGGCGCAGUGGGCCGGUUACGGCGUCGUCGUUGGCUCGGGCAUGGGCGCGCUCUACAUGAUGAGCUUCCUCGCGUCGCAGAUGCUCGCCGAGCCGGCCGACCGCAGCAAGGCGUCGUCGCUCGUCUGCUUCUUCCAGAUCCUCGGUGGCACGAUCUGGGUGUCGGUCGCGAACGCCAUCUACGCCAACACGUUUAAGCGCGGUAUCGGCAAGAUCCCGGGCGUCGACGUGCAGGCCGUCCUCGACUCGGGCGUCGACCGGUUCCGAGAAGUCGUCGCGCCCGAGCACCUCGACGCCGUCGUCGCCGUCGCCGUGACCGCCCUGUUUGAUGUAUUCACGUCGUGCGCCGUGCUCGCGGCGGCCGGGUGCGUCUCGGUGGCGGGCAUCCGGUGGGUCCGGAUCGAGGAGACGACGGACAAGAAGGGGGCGCGGGAGAAGCGGGUAGACGACGUCGAGGGUUAGAACUGCCGCGCAGGCGUGCGCACACUCCUUAUGAGCGUCCGGGUGGAAUGUUUAGACUAUUCUCGCG